CACACCUGGUCUUUGGAGGGACUCUUGCUUUGUGUGUUUGGGCUGGUCUUCCUCUGUAGUCAGUAAGAUGUUCCUGCAGUGUAGUUUGGAAUCUUUCUGCACAAAUUCAGUGGAUCCUGUGAUUUUAUUUUACAUGUAAUAAGAUACAUUACAAAUAAAUUCGCAAUUAAUAAGCUAGACAAUUUACAGUCAGUAACCUAUGGCCUAGAAAGGUUUAUUCCUUUAUCCACACGUUUAUAAGGAAAUGCUUGAAGAAGUCGUCUAAAUAUGCGGAUUCCUAACCGUCCCCAAGAAAAAAGGAACCACUGGAAGGCAACUUGGGAGGGUGUGUGGGGUGGUUCUGAGGUUGUGAAAGCCACUGAAAUUCACACAUAAGGGGGUAGAAAGAGGGAAUCCUUUUGAGUACCUACAAGUGCAGGGUAUAACUUGGGCUUCAUUAAGAUGCACCACCUUUGGGGUCAGAUAGAAAUGGAUUGAGUCCCAGAUACAUCUUUCAUUACUACACGCUAGUGAAUUUGUUUUCAAGUCCUCUGAGUCUCAGUCUUCUCAUCUAUAAAACAUGGGGUUGUUAUGAGGCUUACAUAUGGUACAUGUGUAAAAAUGUAGACACAAUGCCUGUCAUUUUGUAAGUGUUCAAUAUAUGGAGGGAGAAGUAUUAGUUUUCCCUCAUUUAAUUUUUAGAACAAGUUUAUAAAAUUUGAGUUAUGAUUCACAUUUCUUAGAUGAACCAAGCAUGAGAAAGAUUCCAUAAAUCCCCAUAGUCACAAAGCAGCUCCCAGUACUUUUACUUGGUAAUUGCUAGUUAAAAGUAGCAAUGGCCAGGACCAGUGACUCACGCCUGGAAUCCCAGCACUUUGGGAGGCCAAGGUGGUGGACCACUUGUGGCCAGGAGUUAGAGACCAGCCUGACCAACAUGGAGAAACACCGGCUUUCCUAAAAGUACAAAAUUAGCCCGGUGUGGUGGUGCAUACCUGUAAUCCCAGCUUCUCGGGAGGCUGAGGCAAGAGAGUGACGUGAACCCAGGAGGCUGAGAUUGUGGUGAGCCUCCAGCAUGGGCAAGGUUGCACUCCAGCAUGGGCAAGAAGAGUGAGACUCCAUUUCAAAAACAAAACAAAACAAAAUGUACCAAUGAUUUUCACAUUUAAAUCUUGUAUUGGCCAGGCGCAGUGGCUCACGCCUGUAAUCCCAGCACUUUGGGAGGCCGAGGCGGGUGGAUCACGAGGUCAAGAGAUCGAGACCAUCCUGGUCAACAUGGUGAAACCCCAUCUCUGCUAAAAAUACAAAAAAUUAGCUGCGCAUGGUGGCGUGUGCCUGUAAUCCCAGCUACUCAGGAGGCUGAGGCAGGAGAAUUGCCUGAACCCAGGAGGCGGAGGUUGCGGUGAGCCGAGAUUGCGCCAUUGCACUCCAGCCUGGGUAACAAGAGCGAAACUCCAUCUCAAAAAUAAUAAUAAUAAUAAAAUAAAAUAAAAUCUUGUAUUAUAUGGUGGUUUUCUUUUUUCUUUUUUGAGAUGGAAUCUGUCUCUGUCACCCAUGCUGAAGUACAGUGGCGCGAUCUCAGCUCACUGCAACCUCUGCCUCCCGGUUUCAAGGAAUUCUCUUGCCUCAGCCUUCCUGAGUAGCUGGGACAGGAGGCGUGUGCCACACGCCCGGUGAAUUUUUUGUAUUUUUAGUAGAGACAGAGUUUUAUCAUGUAAGCCAGGAUGAUCUCGAUCUUCUGACCUCAUCAUCCAGUCACCUCAGCCUCCCAACGUGCUGGAGUUACAGGAUUGAGCCACCCCAGCCGGCCCAGUUUUCUUUUACAUAAGCCUUUUCAUUUGUUGAAACCAUAGAUUCUAAGUUGCUCUAUCCAAGUGAUAAUUAGAAAAAUGUGAUGUACUUAGCGUAUAAAUUUUAGGAAAUUUCCCUUACUCCUCUUGUUAGUUUGAUUGAAUAUGUGUGUAAUUUUUUAAAAAUGUAAACUGAAUAGAUAUGUAUUGAAUCUACAUGUGUAUUGAAAAUGUAAGUUGACAUCACUGAGUACACUUAGUUCAUGGCAAUGCUCUCUCUGAAGGCAACUGCAGAAAUUUACUGUCUCUUCUUUCUAGUUUGUAAGAACUCAGAGGCCACAGGGGAAAGGGAGUUCUUUGGAUACCAGAUAAGGCAUGAAGCAGAUGUGGUUACAGCAAUUUUGGUAUAAUUCAUUGAAAGGUGAUGAUCUCUAGGAACGUCAUCACAUUGGAGAAACCUGAAAGCUCCCAGCAGCCAGCAAUGAAUGAAAGGUGUGGGCGGGGCUGCCAACAGGGUGGGGCCUGGUGAGCCAUGUGCCUGGGCUCCCACAUCACAGUGGGGGUGGGGGCACCUCAUAGAGGAGACUCUGAUUGUUUCCUGUGCCCCAGGUUGGAACUCUGGUGGUUGGUAGGGCAACCUCCUUCAGUUGGUAGAAAGCAGUGGAAGGAGUAACGCCCUCUGUGCUGUCUUCUCCGUGAACUCAGCUCUCAGGCUUGUUGUGUCUAGACCCAUUUUAAAUCAAGCAGGUUCCCUUCAGACCAGUCAUCUCAGGGGAGGCAGCUGAGGCAGGGAGUGAGCUGUUAGUGGGGUGCAGCCCCAUAGCCAGGGGCUGGCCCUGCCAGCGUGCCUGUGUUUGAAAGAGGUGAAGUGCUGAACUCUGCAGACUGGGAGGCAAGGGAAGGUCCAAGUUGCUGGAGAGGAGCCAAGGUGCCCCAUGGGGAACACGCUGAGUUGCUGUUUUUGCCCCAAAGUCAGCCGCAGGUGAGGUCUGCCUAGGCAGUCUGAGGAUCUGUCCUUCAUCUCUGACAUCAGUGAGGCGAUGGCAAGCAAAGGUGCGGGCCAAGACAGAAGGAAUGUGUCCAACACCAGUGCCAGACCCAUUUGGGGCCCGAGCUGGCUGUGUGGGGUGGUGUCUGGCAGCUGUGAUGACAUCUAUAAGGCAGUGUCAAGCAUAAGUGCAGACCAAGGCAGAGAGGAGCAGAGGCCGGGCAGAGGGAUCAUGGAGCUCCCCAAUGCAAGACACAAGCAGAGCCAGAAUGGGGUGCAUGGGGCAGAACCAAUAGAGUGGGAGGUGGUGGAAGCACCAGGCCCUACUGCUUUGGAGCCUGCCCUGUGGGAUUUGGGAGCCGGCGAGGGCCAUGACUUGCAGCACAUCAGCGACCAGGAGAUGCCCAAAGAUACUGCUUCUGACCAUCCAAGGGCAAGCACACUCUUCCUGAGAAAGUAUCAAAUGAGUGUGCAAGGAAAGAGGAGAAGCUUUCGCCUAUAUUCUAUACGUCCGAGGCAUCUUGGUAGAACGUACAGCUCGUGUUCCACCAUAUUGCUGGACAACAGCACAGUCAGUGAGCCUGAACUCUGCCACACAUUAGAAAGUGUGACUUUGGCAAUAUAUUACAACAUAAAGCACAGAUAUGCAAAUAGAUCCCUGGCUAUUUUUGAUGAGCCAAUACAUCCACUUUCAGUGUACAUUGAAUGGCUUUUAACUAAGGCUAACAUCGAUCUUUGUCCUACUAAUUGGAAAAAAAUUGUCCUCGGAGCCAUGCUUCUGGCCUCCAAGAUUUGGAGAAAUCGUGGUCUGUGGAGUGUGGAUGACAGCCAGAAUCCGAAGGAUGUUGCAGUUGAGACAAUGUUUCAUUGUGCAGAUAAAGGAAAUAGGCAUAAGAUCACAGACUUCAAUCUAUCCAGCCUUAGUAUAACAGUUUGUAUUUUCCAGCAUGAAUGGGAACCUUGAGAUAUGAUGUUAAAUAGCUACAGAUUUCUGUGCCCCUCCCCAUUGGGAACAUUGCAUGUGUUUGGAAAUCAGUCUGAUGUGUUAGAAGAUUCCGCGUUCACUUCCCACAGUGCUAUGUCACGGCCGUGUGAAUACAGAGAUCUGCAUCAAGAUGUCGCUGCUAUGACAAGGGCCAUCAGCAUGGAUUUCAUCGGCAUUUGGCAUACUAAUGCCAUCUUAUCUUAAAGAGAGAAAUUAGCAUUAUAAGGUCCUGGACUUGUCAGCUAUAAGGACUACAAAAUAUCACUUCUCCUGCUGAAAAAGACCAGCAAAAUUAGGAUUUUCUUUUUUCAUGUUUUUUUUUUUUAAAUUUCUGUUGUUGUUGUUGUUGUUGUUGUUGCUGUUGUUGUUGAUUAGGAUUUUAAUAGAGCAGAGACUUCUUCAAAUAACCACACUGUGAAGCUGGGUGAUGGUGGCAUGGACAGUGGGUGCCAGGUGCUACCUGCCCUUCUUGUUCCACUGAGUCCAGAUGGCAUUCUAGGGCACCACCUUCUUGAACAACUCUUGGGGAGGAAGACUGUCACAUGGACACAGCACAUCCCAGUCCAGAGUCCACAGUCACCCACAGCCCCAAGCAGGUGACAGUCUGAGCUGAGCUGGAAUUCAAAAAACUUUAGAAUUGGCUCCAGAUUUGUGAGAGGACCUGGGUUUGGAUCUCUGUCCAUGGAGGCACUGAAUGCACGAUGACCGGAAACAACAACUGUGGGAAGAGAGAAUGGCAUGGGGACAAGGCUGUCAUUACUCCAAGUACCAUGGGAACUCAGGCCUGUUCAUCUAGUCUUUGGAGGGAAUCUGUGCAUGUGAAAUGAGGCUCCCACAUCAUGGUUAUAAAUGGAGAGAUGAAAUCAGCUCAUCUUCCCCCAGGCCCACAAUGGUCAUGCCAAAACACAGAGUCUUGCUGUGUGGCCAGGCUGGAGCGCAGUGGUGAGAUCUCGGCUCUCUGCAACCACUGCCUCCUGGGUUCAAGUGACUCUCCUGCCUCAGCCUCCCAAGUAGUUGGGACUACAGGCAUGAACCACCAACCCAGCUAAUUUAUAUAUUCUUAGUAGAGACAGGGUUUCAUCAUGGUGGCCAGGACAGUCUUGAUCUCUUGACCUUGUGAUCUGCCUGCCUCAGCCUCCCAAAGUGCUGGGAUUACAGGUGAGAGCCACCGUGCCGGGCCACUUGCAUUUACAUUCACAAUAAAAUGGUUUGGAAUAUCCCACUGUUGAUUUGCGAUUUCCUCCUCUAAACUUGGUCUGUGGCCUUGUAUACAUAAUUAAAUAUUUUCCUGUAUUGAUAUUUUGUGUCUGAAGAUGAAAUAUUCGAUGAAACAUGUUUAAACAUUUCAUGCAAAGCCUUCAGUGGUUGUGAGCGUACUCUUUGGUGAAUGCACGAAUUAAUCUAUUUUAAAUAUAACAUUUUUAUUAGAUGUGAUAAUGAUAUUUUCUCUUUUAUCUUCACUUGUUAGAUGAGAAUAAAUAUGGAAUACGUUCUUCCAUAAUCUAUGAUAUUAUAUCUUAUAUUUCAUGUAAAAAACUCCUAGAAUAUUUGGAAUCGAUAGUUGAAAUUAAACAGCAAAAUGAGAAUUGCUGAAACCUAGUGAUAAUGUACUUGUGAUGGAUUUAUUAUCUAUUAUCUCUAUCAUUGUUAAUUUUUAAAGUUUCCAUGGAAAACUCUACUAUGAACUUAAAAUUUUCUAUAAAACCCUUCGUGCCCUGCACUUCAGCUCCAAUGCAUAAUGAAUAAAGGAAAAUGGAUUCUCCUGCGGGAA